GGGCGGUGACGGCAGCGCUGGCCGCGCCCCCAAGGGGAGUGGAACUUCCGGCCGGCCGCGCCGAAGCCGGUCAGUCGGCAGGGCCGCGGCCACGCCCACAGGGGAGGGGGCGGGGACUGCGGCCGGCCGGGGCCGCUUACAUAACAGGAGGGGCGGGUUCUGCGCCUGCGUCACGCGCCGGCUCCCGGCAGCCUUUGCGGCGGCCGCUAUAUAACCGGCAUCCGGGCGGCGAGGCGCCCCACAGUCAGUGGCCCCCGACGACGGCAACGGAUCCUGCCGUGCCCCUCGGCCGCCCUCUGUAGUCACCGGGACCGCCUCGCCCACCGCCACCAUCGCCAUGCCCGGGUAUUCCAGCGACAGGGACAGAGGGUUUGGAGCACCUCGGUUUGGAGGAAGUAGAGGUGGACCUCUUUCUGGGAAGAAAUUUGGAAACCCUGGGGAAAAACUUACCAAAAAGAAAUGGAAUUUAGAUGAACUGCCCAAAUUUGAAAAGAACUUCUAUCAGGAACAUCCUGAUGUAGUUAGACGUACUGUGCAAGAGGUUGAGCAGUACAGGUCAAGCAAAGAAGUCACAGUUAGGGGCCAUAACUGUCCAAAACCAAUAAUAAACUUCUAUGAAGCCAACUUUCCUGCAAAUGUUAUGGAAGUGAUUCAGAGGCAGAACUUCACUGAACCAACUGCUAUCCAAGCACAAGGAUGGCCUGUUGCCUUGAGUGGAUUGGAUAUGGUUGGAGUUGCACAGACUGGAUCAGGGAAAACGCUGUCUUACUUGUUGCCUGCUAUUGUGCACAUAAAUCAUCAGCCAUUCCUAGAGCGAGGAGAUGGACCUAUUUGUCUUGUGCUGGCACCAACUCGUGAACUGGCUCAACAAGUGCAGCAAGUAGCCGCUGAAUACAGCAGAGCAUGCCGCUUGAAGUCUACAUGUAUUUAUGGAGGUGCUCCAAAGGGACCACAAAUUCGUGACUUAGAAAGAGGUGUGGAAAUUUGCAUUGCAACACCUGGAAGACUUAUAGACUUCUUAGAAGCCGGAAAGACCAAUCUCAGGAGGUGUACUUACCUUGUUCUUGAUGAAGCUGACCGGAUGCUUGACAUGGGAUUUGAACCUCAGAUCAGAAAAAUUGUUGAUCAGAUAAGACCUGACAGGCAAACUCUGAUGUGGAGUGCCACAUGGCCAAAGGAAGUAAGGCAGCUGGCUGAAGACUUCUUAAAAGAAUAUGUACACAUCAACAUCGGUGCAUUGGAACUGAGUGCAAACCACAACAUUCUUCAGAUUGUUGAUGUGUGCCAUGAUGUAGAGAAAGAUGACAAGCUUAUUCGUCUGAUGGAAGAAAUCAUGAGUGAGAAGGAAAACAAAACAAUAGUUUUUGUGGAAACCAAAAGACGGUGCGAUGAUCUUACCAGAAAAAUGAGGAGAGAUGGGUGGCCAGCAAUGGGUAUUCAUGGUGAUAAAAGUCAGCAGGAACGAGACUGGGUUCUAAAUGAGUUCAAACAUGGAAAAGCACCAAUCCUGAUUGCUACAGAUGUUGCAUCCAGAGGUCUAGAUGUGGAAGAUGUGAAAUUUGUCAUCAAUUAUGACUACCCUAACUCCUCAGAGGACUAUAUCCACCGAAUUGGACGAACUGCCCGCAGUACCAAAACAGGCACAGCAUACACAUUCUUUACUCCUAACAAUAUUAAGCAAGUAAAUGACCUCAUCUCUGUGCUUCGGGAGGCUAAUCAAGCCAUCAACCCCAAAUUGCUUCAGCUGAUUGAAGACAGAGGUUCAGGUCGUUCCCGAGGUGACCGACGUGACAGAUAUUCUGCGGGCAAAAGGGGUGGAUUUAGUAGUUUUAGAGAGAGGGAGAAUUUUGAGAGAACCUAUGGUGCACUAGGAAAGAGAGACUUUGGAGCAAAAGCUCAAAAUGGGGCCUACACUGCCCAAAGUUUCAGUAAUGGAACUCCUUUUGGAAAUGGUUUUGCAGCUGCAGGCAUGCAAGCUGGCUUCAGGGCUGGUAACCCUGCGGGAGCUUACCAGAAUGGCUAUGACCAGCAGUAUGGAAGUAACAUUGCAAAUAUGCACAAUGGCAUGAACCAACAGCAGUAUGCAUAUCCUGCCACUGGUGCUGCUCCUAUGAUAGGUUACCCAAUGCCAGCAAGUUAUUCUCAAUAACUUAGUGUAUUUAAAUGUCUCAGUUUUUUUCAUAAUUGCUCUUUAUAUUGUGUGUUAUCAGAACAGGAUAGUUAUUUAAGAAAUGGGAAACGCAGAAAUGACUGCAGUGCAGCAGUAAUUAUGGUGCACUUUUUCGCUAUUUAAGUUGAAUAUUUCUCUACAUUCCUGAAACAAUUUUUAGUUUUUUGUACUAGAAAAUGCAGACAGUGUUUUCAAAGUAAAUGUACAGUGAUUUGAAAUACAGUAACAGAAGGCAGUGCAUGGCCUUCCAAUAAAGAUAUUUGAAGACCGA